CAGCGGCAGUGACCAAGACAAGCUGGAAAGCAAACAUUUUCUAAAUUUGUUUGGUGAUUCUCUCAACAUCCGACACUGUCAGACUGUACUGACUGGCAGGCCGCCCUGUUGUAUUGAAUGGCUGGUUUGUGGUGGAUACUAUGCAUCAUACACAGGUCUUUGUUCCAGCCAUUGACCUAGCUGACAUUCCUUUGUGGACGAGCAUGAAUGGCAUCCUUUGUGGACUAGCCAUGUCUCCCGUGGGCCUGGUUGCCUACUCCGUGGACCUUUGGAGGACACCGGGUGGACCAGUGAGACCGAGUGCAUUGACCGCACGUCCCCAGCCUUUGCAGGUCGCGUCGUGCCCGGCACGGCGCCGACGAAUGGCCUGGCUGGCGCUUCUGGGGGUUGUACCAAAGGCCGCCUUAGCGUCGGCCGCGCCUUCCUCACCCGCGCGGGUUCCGGCCGGCGCCGGUUCUGCAGCGAUCGUCUUCCUUCAUGGCAGUGGGGACUCUGGCACCGGGUUCAAGCGUUACCUGGACGCGGUUGACCCUGAGUUGCUGGAAGAGUUGCAAAGCCAAGAGGUGCAGACCUUUUGGCCUGACAGUGAAGCCCAGCCGUAUACACUUGCUGGGGGCAUGGUCAUGCCCAUUUGGUAUGACCGCUCCGGGCUCCCACCCAGUGCGCCCGAGAAGACUGACUCUGUGGAGCGCUCGGUGCAGCGGUUGAUGCAGCUGAUUCAGGAGGUAGAAGCAGCAGGUGUUCCGCCCAAGCGCAUCGUGAUUGGAGGAUUCUCCAUGGGCGGCGGCAUUGCGCUGCAACUGGCGCUGCGGCACCCCGAGGCGAUCGCUGGAGCCUUUGUGCUCUCGUCCUUUAUGUGUGAUGAUGCAGCCGUCUACGAGCGUUUGCAAACGCCAGAGUUGACCAAAGUGCCAAUUCUAAUGAUGCACGGAGAGGCGGACCGCUUCAUCCGCCCGCAGUGGGGCCGACAGACUGCGGAGCGCCUGAAGUCGCUGGGCGUGGCCACAGAGUUUGUGGAGAUCCCUGGGCUGAGACAUGAGAUGAGUCGUAAGGAGAUUCAGCUCCUGCGCAGGUGGCUGUGGCAGGUGCUGCAGCUGGAUUGAUUGGAGAAAAGGUGCGAUAGAGGUCCUCACCAAGUUCUGAUCAGGGGACCUCUUAACCAAGUAAAGAACCCAAUUUCGUAUUAGGGGUUGCCAUUUUUCGCAGUAGAGGGCGCCCUCAGUUCGACUCAAAAGUGGCAUAGACGCUGAAAAGACCUACAUUUCAUGAGAAGGUCGGACACUGCCUUCAGGCCUUUGGAAGCAUUGGUCAAAAGAGAUAGGUGGCACACCCCCCCAAAAGGGGUGGUCGAGAUGGAUCGUCAUUUGCCAAUGUUUUGGGAGGGUAUGCCAUAUUUUUCUUUUCUCCAGAAUGUCCAGUUGCCGUUUGAAGUCUGCGAACAAAUUCACAGCGCACCAUAGACGGCCGCAAAGCGGCCGAC